UAUUCCUAAGCUGGGAAAAAAAUUUCGAAUCUCUUCAGACGGCGCCAGUGGAGAUUGUCCUAGGAUGUGCAAGAGUCGGUUUACAAAGAGUAGCAUGAAAGUCGGUUUACAAAGAGUAGCAUGAAGGGCUAUCCUUUGGAAGAAAUAUAUGCUGCUUUUGGAAACACAAAGGUUAUUAACAGUGUGUUGGUUCCAACGGUGGAUGAGGAAACUUUGCUGGCUCGUAUCAUUGAUCAGGAGCCAGAGUAUCAGCGUGAGGGUAGCACAAGUGAUAGGUGGAACUACUGGCUAAAUGUGAAGCAGAAGAAGAUUUGGUGGAAAGAACUUUAUGAGUCAGAUGUUGCUGCACGAAAGUUUACAAAGACGAAAGACAAAGAAAAGGUGACGAUUGUAGAAGGUUCAUCUUCUAAUUCUGGUUUGGAGUCGAUGUUGAAAGGUGUGGAAGAGAGGAUUGUGAAGGCCAUGGAAGAAGGAUUUUCUGGAAUUAAUUUAACGGUAGAGACAAAGCUGGAGGCUAUGAACUUGAGGAUGGGUAAACUUGAGAAGAACCAGCGAGUUUUGAAGAAAAAGACUAAGAAAAUAGAAGACAAGUUGACUUCUAUUGAAAGCAAGGGAAAUGAGGAUGAGGAAUAUAGACAGUGGAAUGAUUUUGAUUAUGGUAGAGAUCAUGGGAAGGAUAGAGAGAUGGCUGAGGCAGAGAAGGCUGAGACAGUGAAGAAAAUCAGUGAGAAGGGUGAGGAAGAUGAGGAAAACAGUGGGAAAGAUGAGGAAGACGAGAAAACCAGUGAGAAGGGUGAAGAAGAGAAAGACCAAAAACAUGAAAAAGACAAAGAAAACAGUGACUCUGUUGAGAAAGGCGAAGAAUACGUGGAGGAAUCAGAUGAAGAAAAUUUUCUGUUAAGGCUUCAUGAAAGAGUGAGAGUACAAGCGGAAGAAUUUUGGAGGACAGUUGAUGAAGAAUCUGAGGCUGAGAAAGAGGCUGAGGAAGAGGGUGAGAAAGAGGGUGAGGAAGAGGCUGAGAAAGAGGUUCAAGAAGAGAAAGAGGCUGAGAAAGAGGCAGAGAAAGAGGCAGAGAAAGAGGUUCAAGAAGAGAAAGAGGCUGAGAACGAGGUUCAAGAAGAGAAAGAGGGUGAGGAAGAGGCUGAGAAAGAGGUUCAAGAAAAGAAAGAGGCUGAGAAAGAAGAAUCCAAGGGAACUCCUACCUCUACCGAAGUAAUAGUCAUUACACCACGUGGUAGAACUAAAGCAGCAGCUGCGAGGAAAGCAAUCUCUAUAUCACCAGAGAUUGUUGUGGUAACAGGGAUUGCUGAGCUAGCUGAGAAAGAGGUUGAGGUAGAAGCUACUCAGACAGAGCAAGAAGCUAUUCAGACUGAGAUUGUUGAGAAUGAGGCUGAAGUUACUGAGAAAGAUGCUGAGGUAGCUGAGAAAGAGGAUCAAGAUGUGGAGAAAGAGGAGGAAACAGCAGAGGAAAGUGACUCUUAUCCUGAUGUCGAUCAAGAUGUGGAGGAAAAACAGAAGAGAGUGAAGAUGUGGAGGAAGAGGAGGAAAAAACAGAAGAGAGUGAAGAUGUGGAGGAAGAGGAGGAAAAAACAGAAGAGAGUGAAGAUAAUCCUGUGGAGAGUCCCUCUGAGAAACAUGAUGAGCUAGCUGAGAAGUCAGUUGAAUCUGAUGUCGAUCUAGGUGUGGAGGAAGAGGAGGAAAAAGCUGACGAAAUUGAAGAUAAUCUUGUGGAGAGUCCCGCUAAGAAACAGACUGAGCUAGCUGAGAAGUCAGUUGAGGUAGAAUUAAAGACUAUGCGCAAGCCUAGGGUCAAGGUCAUAGCAGUGCCGUAUGGCAUUCCCAGAGCUGAGAGACUAGCAAAAAUGAGAGCUGAUGCUGAAAAAAAGAAAGUUAGAGAUGAAAAAAAGAAAGCUAAAGCUGAUGGUGCACCUAAGAAGAAAGGCAGGCCGAAGAAGACUGAUGCUACAUUGAAGCCAUGUACGCCGCUGCCGGAGAAGAGAAAAAGUGAACCAUCACGGUGGGUGCAGUCUCCUUUCACUGAGGGAAAGACUGAUGAGCUAGAAGUGCCAAAGAAGAAGCUUAAAACAAAAACCUAAAAUGCUUAUGUUAUGUAUAUGUAUUAUUCAAGUUAGGAUGUUAUGUUUCUGCCUAAAAUGCUUCUCUUGAACUUGUUAGGAUGUUAUGUUUCUGCUUC